UAGAGUUGCACGAGGGAGGGAGGCGGGCUUGUGAAAGCCAGGAAGGGUUUUUCCUCCCUGGUUAGGGGGUGGGCCUUGGUUUUGAAUUUCUUUUGCAGCUGGCAUAAAAGGAGGAGGAAAGAAGGAGAGGAGAAGACAGGAGGACAGUGUGCUAGACUGGGGCAUGGAGGCGGAGAGGCAGGGAAUUGCUGGAGGAGAAAAAAAGACUUUCUUCUGCAAUCGCUCUGCCUCCUCUGGGUAGCAGCCGGGGGUCUCUCUGCUGCUGAUUUCCCCGUUCCAGAAGAAGCAAACUCUUUGAGCAAGCUGGGUCAAAGGGGAGAAGCUCCUCGCGCCGGUUUUGGGACCGCCAAUAUCUCCUCCUCUUCCGUCCUAGUUCCCUGCUGAACAUUUUGAUCCUCGGAAAUCAUCCCUGUGGAGAUCAGGAAGGGAUGAAAAUGGAGGAGCAAGAAUCGGCAGCCGAGAGGUCGCAGGGGGCAGGGAAAGCCCCCCAGCUCGUCCCGGCCACAAGUAUCGGGGAGUCUCUGUGUCGGACAGUUGCGCAGCCAAAGGUCGAGGAGGAACCUGGCAAAGGUCUUCUCUGGGAGGCCCAGUGGCAGGAGUUCCUGAAGACGAUGGAGUCUCCUCUGCCCGGAUCGGGCGCCCCAUAUCUGCACGGCGAGGUGGCCCCAUGGGACGAUGCCAAGGGCUUUCUGGCCUCCUUCGAGCGGGUGGCCGAGGCCUGCCAGUGGCCCAAGGGAGAGUGGGUGGCCAGGCUGCUGCCAGCCCUCCGAGGAGGGGCCGAGCGGGCCUUUGGCAGCCUGGAGGCCAGCGACAGAGAGGAUUAUGGGAAAGUGAAGGCGGCCAUCUUGCGCGGGGACACCACCACUCAGGAGAAGCAGCGGCAGCACUUCCGCCACUUCUGCUACCAGGAGGCCGAGGGGCCGAGAGAGGCCUAUGGCCGCCUCCAGGAGCUCUGCCGUGGGUGGUUAAAAGUGGACCGGCAUACCAAGGAGCAGAUCCUGGAGCUGCUGAUCCUGGAGCAGUUCCUGGCUAUUCUGCCGCCCGAGGUCCAGGGCUGGGUCAGGGAGGCUGGGCCCGAGAGCUGCUCCCAGGCAGUGGCCCUGGCCGAGGAAUGCCUCCAGGCGCAACGGGAAGCUGAGGGGCAGGAGCAGCCGGUGGGAUUUGAGGAGGCCGCCGCAGAUGUCUCUGAGGAAGGCCGGGUGCCGUCCGAUGUCAAACAGAGGCCCCUAUACGUGGAGGCCAAGCAGGAAGAUGCAAGCGAGGCCCAACUGGCAGCAGGUAAAAGGUGGGUGGGCAUACCUGAGGGAGAGAGAUACACACCUGGAGAUGGUGACGGGUUUUCCGGAGGGAGAGCAGAGGAGGAGAACUUUUCCUCGUGUAGUGAACAAGAAAAUGCCCCUGAGAGUCAUGAAUGGCGAAGUCAAGGCCAUGAAGCAGAAGGAACACUCGAGUCUAGUUCCUGCGAGGGUGAUGGCAAGGACUUCAGCGAAACCAUGGAGCAGAAGAAAGUCUGCGCUGGCAAGAGGCAAAACACAUUUCGUGGGAAAAGCUUCGGCCAAAGUCCAGGCCUCCUAGUCAACCAAAGAGCCCGUGUAGGAGGAAAACCGCAGAACAAAUGUUUGAUUUGCGGGAAGUCCUUCCUUUACAGCUCCGACCUCGUCAUCCACCACGGAAUCCACACCGGCGAGCGGCCCUACGAAUGUCCCGACUGCGACAAGAGAUUCAGCCGAGGCUCCGACCGCAACCGCCACCAGAGGAUCCACACGCAGGAAAAACUGUACAAGUGCCUGGCCUGCGGGAAAUGCUUCCUCUAUAGCUCGGACCUCGUCAUUCAUCAGAGAAUCCACACCGGGGAAAGGCCCUACGAGUGCCUGGACUGCGGGAAAAGAUUCAGUUGCAGCUCGGACCGCAACCACCACCAAAGGAUCCACACCGGGGAGAAACCGUACGACUGCAUGGACUGUGGGAAAAGGUUCAGUCAGAACGUUCACCUCAAGAGGCACCGAAGGACCCAUGUGGGAGAGAAAUCGUACCAGCGCCCAGAAUACGGGGAAAGUCUGAGCGUGAGCUGAGGAAUGAAAACCAUGUUCCCGGUUACUAUGAUGUAGUUCAGUGUUUUCAAC